GGUGGUGGGGAGGGCGACCUAAGACCAGUGGGAGUAGGGGAAAUAUCUUGGAGGGGGCGCUACCGAAAUCAUGCCAACCCAUGAAAUGACUAAUGACAAAGUUACCACUAAUUUUUUUUAUUAUGAUCGCUAAACAUUAGUGAGUAAUUUACUAGUAAAUGACCGAAUAAAAUCCGUGGUCUUCUCAGGGCCGGCCUCCCUCCCCGGCGUCCUCCUUUUGCGCCCUGGUGGACGAAGCCGGUGCUGCGCAGGGCCCUUUGGGAAGCAUAGUUUUCCAGUGUAGGCCUGGAGGCGCCAGGCGCAUGCGUUCUGCCUUCUGGAGGCGUUCUGCCCCCCCCCAAGGCCAGGCCCCCAAGACUUGGCCCACAGACCUCCUAGCGCGCAGGGGGAAGGGCUGAGGAGACGAGCGGGCGUGAGAGCCAAUGGAGUAGCACUCCGGGCGCGAGGGGGCGGAGUCGUGAUCAAAGAUUUUCCCUCCUAAGUGGUGAGAAGAAGGGCGUCGAGCUCUGGGCUCGUGUGCUUCCGGCCUCGGGUUGGCCUUCUGUGAGUCAGGUGACACCUUGGCUGCAGUGACGAAGGCCCCCGUGUCCCCUGGCCACCACCCAGCUGGGACGGGCCCCUCAGAGUCUGAGAGAUGGAGCAGCUGCCGGAGAGAGAGACCGCUGAGAUGCAGGGACGGUUUGGAGCCAGCUCGAGAGAGAAGGACAGCGAGCCAGACGAAGACUCAGAUGACAGGCGGCGAUACCGAGCCUGGGUGGCGGAGAAGUUCAGCUCCUCGAGGGCCGAAGACUCGUGGCCUGCAGAGCAGGAGAACUUUCUGUACGGACCCGUGACUCUGCUCCUCUCCCGCACCUGUGCCAAGGUCAGGGUGGUCGUCGGAGGGGAGGGCUCAGAGCUCCCGCCCGGCGAAGGGCUGCCCUUCAGUGAGAUCCCUGGCCAGGCUGGGCAGCUGGGGGCGAUGUUCCAGCUGGACGAUAAGACCGAGCAGCGGCCCAACACCGUGGUCCUGCAGGGGCCCAUGGGCAUCGGCAAGACUGUGCUGGCCAGGAAGCUGAUGCUGGACUGGGCCCGUGGGCGCCUCUGCCGGGACAUGUUUCGGUAUGUCUUCUACUUCAGCCUCGGAGAAAUGGAUGGGACGGCCGAGAAGAGCAUGGCUGAGCUAAUCGUCAGCCAGUGGCCUGGCCCGCCAGUGCCCGUCCCCGAGAUCCUGUCACAGCCCCAGAGUCUCCUGUUCAUCAUAGACGGGCUGGAGGAGCUGAGGCCCUUCCUGGACGAGCCAGAAGCCGAGCUGUGUCGGGAUGGGGCCGAGCCGCGGCCGCUGGCCGGCCUCCUCCAGGGCCUGCUCCGGAGAAGCCUGCUGCCCGAAGCCUGCCUGCUGCUGGUUGUGCGGCCUUCGGGCUGGGCCUGCCUGGCACGCUGGCUGGGCUGCCCUCAACUUGUCGAGGUCCUGGGGCUGUCCAAGGCCGACCGCGAGGGCUACUUCCACAGGUUCUUUGGGGACAGGGCGAGCGCGCGGGCUGCCCUGGCCGCCACGCAGGACAAUGAGACGCUGGCCACCCUGUGCCGGGCCCCACUGGUCUGCUGGCUGAUCUGUACGGGCCUCAAGCAGAGGCUGGAGGAUGGAGAGGACCUGCGCCAGGGCCCCCUCACGGUGACACAUCUCUAUGUGUCCUACGUGACCAGCCUGUUCCGAGGCCACGCCCCACCCCACGAGGCCCAGCUGCAGGCUCUGUGUCGCCUGGCUGCCGACAGGGUGCUGGUGCACGCCACGAGCUUUGACGGCAGCGACCUGGAGAGGCACAGGCUGGCCGCAGCCGACCUUGAGCCCUUCCUUGCCACACACAUCCUCCUUCGGCGGGGGCGUGGCUACUCCUUCCUCCACCUGACUCUGCAGGAGUUUUUUGCCGCCCUGUAUAGCGGGAUGGAGGUGACGCAGAGCCCAUCAGUGGCACACACCAUCCACGAUCUCACCAUGGAGCUGGAGAAGUACUCAGGGGUGGACACCAGCUUUCUGAGCCUGGCUGUGCACUUCCUCUUCGGCCUCUUAAACCCUGAGUGUGUGAAGCUCCUGGAGGCGGAACUGGGCUGCCGCCUGUCCCCACGGCUGCGGCGGGACCUGCUGCUGUGCGCAGCAGUGUUUAGCGGUUCCACCACGCCUUCACUGCGCGCCCUCUCCCUGCACCACUUCUUCUUCAGCCUGUAUGAGACGCAGGACAGUGCCUUCGUGACGGAGGCCAUGGACCACUUCCAGGACCUGCACCUUGUGCUCUGGAGCAAAGUGGACCUGCUGGUGUCCUCCUAUUGCCUGCACCACUGCCGCCGGCUGGAGAAGCUGGUGCUCCAUGUCCAGAGGGAGGUCUUCCCUGAAGAUCCAGACGAGGAGCUGCAGGCCGGCUCCCCGGUCGAGCCAGGGCCCCAGGCUUCGGACCUCACUGCCUCUCGGUGGAAGGCCCUGUACUCGGUGCUGAGCCUCAAUGCCACCCUGCGGGAGAUGGAGCUGAGCUUCUCCUCCAUGAAUGAGCCAUGCAUGAAGGGCCUGAGCGAACAGCUGGCGCACCCAGACUGUCACCUACAGAAUCUGCGGGUCAGGCAGACUGCCUUCGUCUCCUUUGCCUGUGGGGAUUUCCUGCUUGCUCUCAUCGGACACCGGCAUCUGGUGGGCCUUGAUCUGGACCUUCUGCUGGGGGAUGAUGGGAUGAAGCUGCUGUGUGAGGCCUUGAGACACCCAAAUUGUAACUUCCAGUAUCUGAGGUUGAAGAGCUGUGCCCUCACUGAGGCUUGCUGUCCAGACCUCGCCGGGGCCCUCACUUGUAACCAGAGCCUGACCCAUCUCAACCUGGGGGGCAAUCAGCUCCUGGACGGUGGCGUGCACAUACUGUGUGAGGCCUUGAGCCAGCCUGAGUGUCACCUUCAGAAACUGGUGUUGGCGGGGUGCGGCUUGACAGACAGUGCUUGCCAGGAUCUCUCUGGUGCUCUGACCUCCAGCCGGAAUCUGACAUGUCUGUGCCUGGCCCACAACAGCCUUCGCGAUGAUGGCGUGAAGAUCCUGAGCACGGCUUUGAAACUCCCUGAGUGUCCUCUCCAGAGACUGACGCUGUGGAGCUGCGGCCUCACGGCUGCAGGCUGCCGUGAUCUCUCCGCUGCGCUCCUCAGCAACAAGAACCUGACCCAUCUGGACCUGGGGGAGAAUGAAGUGGGAGAUGAAGGCAUGAAGCUGCUGUGUGCGGCCUUGGGGCAGCCGCAGUGUUGCCUUCAGGCCUUGGACGUCCUGGUCUGCUUCCUCACCGAGGCCUGCUGUCAGGACCUCUCGGACAUGCUCAUCCUCAACCAGAGCCUGCGGAGCCUGAACCUGGGGUACAACGCCCUCAAAGACGAGGGGGUCAAGCUGCUGUGUGAUGCCCUGAGACACCCCAGCUGCCAGCUCCAGAGGCUCGGGCUGGAGAGAUGCCAGCUGAAUGCUGCUUGCUGUCAGGAUCUCUCCUCCGUUCUCCUCUGCAAUCCGUGGCUGAAGAGUCUUGACCUGGCCCAGAAUGCCUUGUGGGAUGAAGGCGUGAGGCUGCUGUGCGAGGCCUUGGAGCAGCCUGAAUGCAGACUGCAGAUUCUGGCGCUGUGGAGGGAGGCGUUCAGCGAGGACGCCCAGCAGAUGCUGAAGGCGGCCGAGGAGAGCAAACCGCACCUGGUCAUCACCGGCGACUGGUACAGUCACGAACCGGAGGAGUAUGGUUUUUCCUGGUGGCUGGAGACCUGACCCGCUCCCCCUUCCUCAGUCUGUCACAAGGGCCCGUGGGAUGAGAGGGCCAUGGCGCAUGUCCGCCGGGGGUGGGAGCCGCAUGCACCCUGCGAGCUCCCCGGGCCUCCGGGCUCCAGCCCCCAUCAGCCACACGGUGCCUACAUCCCUCUUCCCUCUGGACACCUUUGCGCAUGAAUCAAAUACAGACUGAUUCUCCCUCUG